AUGGAUACCCCGCUAAGGCGCAGCCGGCGGCUGGAAGGCCUAAAGCCUGAAUCCCCCGAGCUCCCCACCUCGGUUUCGCGGGCGAGACGGACCCUUGUGGAGUUCGAGUCGAACCCAGAAGAAACGAGGGAGCCGGUGUCUCUUCAGAAUGUGCGGGAACCUGGUCCGGGGUCCCCCCGACAUCAACCGGAGACAAGCCCGGGGUCACCCAGUCUGCGGCAGGAAGCAGGCUCGGAGUCCCCUCGAAGGCAGCCAGAGCCGGACCCAGGGUCCCCCCAGCGUCAUCGAGAUCCAAGCCUGGAGUCGCCUCGAAAACAGCCGGAGACGAGUCCUGAAUCUCCCCGACGUCAGCCAGAGCCAGGUGGGGAGCCACCGAAGUUCUCCCAGGGCCAGGGAGAACUGGACUCGGAGUUGGCCCAGAGUAAGGAGGAGCUGACACCGGGGUCCCCACGACAUCAGCUGCAGCCGGGCCCAGGAUCACCAGAGCCUUAUCCCGGUCAGCAAGCGCCGGGUCCGGAGCCUUCGCGGCCACUGCAGGAGCUGACACCCCAUGUACCCGACUCCCCCCGGGGACAGCAGGAGCCGAGCAAGCCACCUAGGGGCAGGGAGAUGGUGACAGCCGGCCUUGGGACAAAGAAGAGUAAAGGUUCUUCAUCCCAGGCCCCAGCGUCCAAGAAGUUAAAGGAGGAGGAAGAGGUUCCUGUAAUCCCGAAGGGGAGGCCCAAGUCGGGACGGGUGUGGAAGGACCGCUCCAAAAAAAGGUUCUCUCAGAUGGUUCAGGACAAGCCCCUGCGCACAUCCUGGCAGCGGAAAAUGAAGGAACGGCAGGAGAGAAAGCUGGCUAAGGACUUUGCCCGGCACCUGGAGGAGGAGAAGGAGAGGCGCCGGCAGGAGAAGAAACAGCGCCGGGCCGAGAAUCUGAAACGCCGCCUGGAGAAUGAGCGGAAGGCAGAGAUUGUCCAAGUGAUCCGAAACCCUGCCAAGCUCAAGCGGGCAAAGAAGAAGCAGUUGCGCUCCAUUGAGAAGCGGGACACCCUGGCACUGCUGCAGAAGCAGCCACCCCAGCGGCCAGCAGCUAAAAUCUGAGCUCAGGACAGAGUGGAGGCCUUCCAUGGCCAACAGCCAUCUCAGAACACGGCACUUCUCGGCCACAAGUCAGGUGCCUCUGCUGGAGCCAGCACUCCCACACUAUGGCUCCAAAACAGGGACCCCACCCCAGAUGGAGCCCCUGGGCCUUUGAAGGCUCUCAGACAGAUCUCUGUGGGACAAACACCUAGGGGGCUGGGACCUGGCAGACACAGGGAGGGACGAGAUUCAGCUCUCCUUCUCUCCUUUCCCUUCCUCCAAGUGCCUUCAGAUCAUGAACAGUAAGUUCUCUGGUUUCUCAGUGAGCUGGUGACUGGAGGGUGACUUCCCCAAAUGUGUAUGUCCUGUCUCAGGGUCCUGGGUCCAACCCAGGCCUGGAGGCUGGUAGUCAGGAAUCCCAAAGGCUGCCUUGGGUACCUCCGCACCCCACUGACCCCAUCACCCAGCAAACUGAAUCCGGCUCCUUCCUGCUUUUCAACACUGAAAGAUUAAAAUGGGGAAGUUGCAGGGAGCAGGGUUUCUCUCUAGCACCCCCUUUCCCAUGCUGGGCUCAGCAGAAGCCCAGAGAUCUGACUAACUCAUGCCCAUCCAGUCUACAGCAAAAACAUUUAUUGAAUGCCUGUUGUGUACAGGCACAGUUCUAGGCACCAGGGAAUACAGACAACAGACAAAAGUCCCUGCCCUCAAGGACCUUUCAUUCUGAUGGAAAAAACAAUAAACAAGUAAAAUACA